CCCUCAUACAACAUUCACCAGGAAGAGACUAUGCUUAUUUGUUAACCUUUCGGUCAUGACUAUUUCUUAUAACUUAUAUAUUUUCUCUCUUAAGAGAAGAAGAAAAGAAAAAGGAAUCAGCGAUCGAUGAAGAACAUUUUCUCCAAGGAUUUAUGAGUAGACAGUGGAUCUUUGUGAUUCUCGUGGUUGUUUUUGAAACCAUAGUUCACAAGUGAAAGUAAAGUUUAGAUCUCUGGAGCUCAAAAUGGCUUCACUGCAUGUAUCUCCAGAAGGACUUUCUUGUCCUGUGUGCUCUGAAAUCUUCAAGUCUCCUGUUCUUCUGUCAUGUAGUCACAGUGUCUGUGAAGAGUGUCUUCAACAGUUCUGGAGAACCACCAAAACUCAGGAGUGUCCUGUCUGCAGGAGAAGAUCCUCAAGAGAGUUUCUUCCUCCUAAUCUGGCGUUAAAAAACGCAUGUGAGUCGUUAGAGGAGAGAAAUGAGAGCCGUUCAUCAGGGUCUGAGGAGAUCUGCAGUUUACACAAUGAAAAACUCAAACUCUUCUGUCUGGAGGACAAACAGCCUGUGUGUGUAGUGUGCAGAGAUUCACUGAAACACGCCAAUCACACAUUCAGACCCAUCAGUGAAGUUGGUCCAUCAUAUAAGGAUGAACUGAAGUCCUUAAAAGAGAAUUUUAAACUCAAAGAAAACAUUAAAGGAGAGUUUUUUCAACACAACAAGAACAAAAAUGAUCUCAUCAGGAAAAGCAUCUUAAUUAAAGAUGGAAAUCCUGCUCGAUACAAUCUGCAAAAAAAUAAAGACAAUUUGAAUCAAUCUGAACCACAUAGAAAAAUGACCUUUGGAGAGAGAGAUGAAAACAAACCCCAUAAAACCAUUCUGAUUGUGGGAGAAACAGGAACAGGAAAAACAACCCUGAUCAAUGUGAUGAUCAACUACAUGUUGGGUGUUCAGAGAGAAGACAAGGUUUGGUUUGAGAUCACAGAUGAUCAGAGUGACCGAACAUCAGCUCACAGUCAGACCUCCAGCAUCACUGUUUAUGGGUUUUAUCCACAAGAGAGUCCAAUCCAUUUAACAAUCAUCGACACUCCAGGAUAUGGACAGACCUGUGAUAUCCAGAAUGAUAAAGAGAUUGCUGAGAGUUUGCUUAGUUUAAGUAAAUCUGCUGAAGGGAUUCAUGAAAUAGAUGCAGUGUGUCUGGUGAUUAAAGCAACACAGAAUCGACUCUCUGACAGACAAAUAAACAUAUUUAAUGCUGUUCAGUCUUUAUUUGGAAAAGAUUUUGCUGAAAACAUUGUCUUGCUCUUCACACACUCAACUGGAAUGCCACCUAAAAAUGUCCUGACGGCUGUUAAAGAGGCUGAAAUCAAGUGUGCAGAGAAUGAUAAGAAGAAGCCAGUGUUUUUCCUGUUUGACAACUGUCAGUCAGAAGACUUUGAGGAAGAAUAUGAAAAAAUGCAGGAAAAAUCAUGGGAUCUCAGUCAUAGUGGAAUGAUGGGAUUUUUUAAGUUUGUUGACAACAUAAAACCAAAAACCUUGAAGAUGACUCAAGAUGUGUUGCAGAAAUGGAAGCAGUUGGAGUCAAAUAUCAAUAAUCUACAAUCACGUGUUCAAGUGAUGGAACUAAAGCAAAAGGAUCUGAAACAAACUCAAGUUGCUCUGGAGAAGAACAAGACAUAUGUCAAGAACAAUAAGAACUUUGAGUAUGAAGUUGAAGUGACCUACAAAGAGAAGGUUGAUAUUGAUCCUUCUGUAGCAAAAAUGGCAACAUGCUGCACCGUCUGUGAGGAGAACUGUCAUUAUCCAGGAUGCUGGUGGGCCAGAGAUCUCUCAUGGUGCAGUGUGAUGAAAGAUUAUAACUGUACAGUGUGCACAAAUAAAUGCCACUACAGCAAACACGUUAAAGAAGCAAAAAUAUAUAAAACAAAGACAAAGAAGGAGAAGAGGACAUUUGAGGAUUUAAAGAAUGAAUAUGAUGGGAAGAUUGGGAAUGAUGAGUCUUUGGUCAAGAAGCUGGAAGAAGAACUGCAAGAAUUAGAGAAAGAGAAAAUAAAGCUGGUGAAUGAAGCUUUUCACUGUGUGGAAACUCUGGAGAUGAUUGCACUCAACACUGAUUCACUGAUCACACUUCUGAACAUUGUUUUUCUGAUUGAGAAGCUGAAGGAAAUAAAUGAACCUGAAAAAGCCAAAACAUUGGAAAACAUCAAGAAGAGAGCGGAAGAAGAGAGCAUGAAGCUCCGGGAUUCAUAAAAAGAAUUUAUAAAUUUCAAGUAUUUAAAAAAGCGACUUAAAAUUGUGGUCACACAUUAAGUUUUGCUACUGAAAACUGUCUAUGGUGGUCCUCCACCAAAACCAGCACCAAACUAGCAUAAACCAGCAUGCUGCCCUUAGCUGAUUUUUAUAGAAAAUAUGAUCCUGAAAACAUUUGUAUUUUUCUUAUUGGUAAUUUUCUUUCAAUAAACAGCAUCUGCUAAAUUAGCAAAUGUAAAAUACUAUAUUGAUUAUUGUAUUGUAAACUCUUUUCCAUUUCUUAUUAUUUAAAGUUCAGUUAAAGAAAUGGUUCAUUAGUACUCAGCUUUGUCAGCACUAGAACUUAUUGUCAGAUUUCAGUUAUUGUCAGACAGUUAGUCUUUUUUUAUUUUACAUUUAUGUUAUAUUGUGGUUCUGUUUUUGAGACAUUGAGACAUUUUCAUAAUCCAAUCCAGUACAUACCAGAGAAAGUUUUUCUGUCAUUAGAUGUAGUUAGAUGUAGUUUUUCUGUACACACUGUAAAAAUGAAAAUAUACUCAGUUUUACACUAUUUCAGUUCCUGACAGAGUAUAAAGUUUAUGUCAGAACUUAUGGGCUCCAUUUUGUAUAUAUAUUUAAUUUUGUUUUCAUUCAACACAAUUUAUUGUUUCAAGGAUUUUUUUUAUACAUUAGAUGUCAUGAUUAUUCACAUCCAAUCCUAUAGUUGAAUAGCCUAUAGCUGAUAUAGUGAACAUAUAAUAUGGGUCACAAAACAAUAAGGAAAAAUAUAUAUUCAGAAAUUGUUUAAAAUGUGUUAGUAUUCUUUUUAACCUUCAUCAUGUUUUUAUUGUUUGUUAAUCUCACAGUGUAUAUUGAGUGUUCAGAAUGUUUGAUGUUUCUGAGAGCCACUUAAAGCUAAAGUUUGAAUUAGAUUAACAAUAAUAUUUUAAAAUAGAGUGUUUGGUCAAUUAUUCUUGUGGAUUUCAAUUUGUAGUUUUAGCUUUACGAAAUAUGUUAAAAGUCACACUGCCAGUUGUUUGAAACACACUGUGAAAUGAACUAAUUUCUUGUUUUAUUAAUUUUGCAGAGUGUGACGAAAUAAAAACCCAUAUGUGCCACCAGAAAACAUCGCCUCUUCUGUGUGUGCAACAUUUAGA